AUGGACAUCUGGUCUGGAUCCAUUGCGCUGGACAGGCAAUCUCUGCUUCGAGGUUUACGUCUAGUCGACCAGACAUCGAAUUGGCAAUCGGACACACUCAAAGACUCAAAUUUGGCCUUUCGCUGCUUCGUUAAUCCCACACUGAUACCCUUUUACACGAGAACUGGACCGAGCCUCGAGGUACACACAGCUGACGUCGAAACAUCACAAUGGCUUAAGAGCAAAUUGCUGGGCAACAUAUGGUUGGAGGAGGAGGAACUAGAAAAGUUCCAGACGUUUCAAUGUCCGGUUGGAAUCCUUCUCAGUAUCAACAGACCACCUCGAACCAAGGCCUCUGGUCUCCUUACAACAGAUCUAUUGGUCCAUGCUGUCCUGUCAAGCGCAGCCUCAGUUGAACGGCCACCUACUCCACCUAUCUCGUCUUCUCCCGGACCGUAUGAGUAUGCAUCUCAUGUUCAGAAGCAGGAACUGAGAAUCUAUGCGACCCCGCUCUCUUCGUCCCUCAUCACAAAGUCUCAGGCUCUUUGUUCCCAUCCGGACGGGCUAGCCAGCGAUGGACGAUUUGCUGAAUUUCUUCCCGACAUUCGGUCACCCAGUCCCAAGCGUAAACGAGUUGCUACGCUGUUUGAGACAGCUGCUCAGCAUCACAAGAAAGUGCGACAGAAAGGAGGAGAGGCAGUCUCCCAAUUGAUGGCCAGCUCGCUUUCUCAUCCAUCCCAGCAUCUACAGACUUUCAGAAUCAAACGUGAGUCCGAGGAACCGUCGCUGCCUUUAUUAGAAAAGAUAGCCUUUCAGCGGUCGCGGUCAUUGUCAAUUGGAGCCAAUCUGCAUCCCCUCAAAGCGUCUGAUCUUCGAAAUGAACAGUCCCGACUUAGCAGCCGCAGAAGCCACUUUACUUCGCGGAAGAACACCCCGAAUCCAGUGGAAUCUAACUCCCGAAGGGAACACUCGACGGCGUUGCCGUCUUCGGACGACAAGCUGGAGCCUUCUGCGACACCUAAGGAUGCCGAAACCAUUAUUUCUGAGAAUAAAAAUACGAUCACUCGUACGAUCUUGACAUGCAUGCGAUUGUACGGCUUCAAUCGCUCAUCGCGACCUACAAGCACAGCCAAAAAUGGCACUGGGACCGAUUCCGAUAUGAAUUUGUCCACGGAGGUAGGGGCAACUUCUAGUACCGACGAAGAUGAGUUCAAAGCGAUGUAUCAUGCAACUUAUCGCGCAUCAACAUUUGCCCUCCGCAAGUAUCUGAAGCAAUGCUCCAGUACCGACGGGGCCGCAAAGGACAUUCCGCCUUUGCUAGACAAAGAAAAGGCAAUGACAUAUAUAGACGAGUUCUUGAGGCUAUUUUGUGAAGAGGAUUGA